ACGAAGGAUCAUAGCGCUUAUCAUUAGACCAGGAUAACAACUUCACCGAAGUUCACAACUCAAAAAUAUCCUACCAGUUUUAAUUAUUACUGGAAGCAAGAAGUCGAAGCUUUUUAUAUGCUGGCUAGCCCCGAACCAAUCCCUGGUUCAACAAGUGCCGCUCUCCUUACCAGGUUUGGCCGACUAUUAUGUUACCUGCUGGCUAUCUUAUACAACUUUAGCCCACCUCAACCAAGUCCGCGAGCGAGAGCCGAGGCGCUGCCGGAAAGACGGUCUAUGAGGAUCGUGAUGAAAGAGUCAGCUGCGCCAUCCACAUACCUACUCUCCCCUCCUUGCGAGCUUACCUCUAGCCUAGACUUCGCCUUCUCAGCCGCCUACCUCUCCCAAAACCGUGCCGUCCGCAUCAGCCGGGCCAUCGCCUCCCAGAUCCUCACCGCCAAGCCGGGCACCAUGUACCGCUGGGCGGCCGACCCGGAAAGCUGCGCCUGUUGCGAUGAGGCCCCAUGGGGUGUUUAGGGUUAGGCCGGGGGCGGAGUGCGCGGUGGUGAAUAGGCUGUAUGUGGACGCUGUGGACGCUGUGGUGCAUGUUGCGGUGUUGUCGGAGGACUUGUGUGGGUAGGGGGUAGGGGUAGGGGG